UUCAUGCCAGGGUUUUGGUAGCUUCCUCUUCCAUACCUACUUCCGUGUGUCCCCGGGGGCCUCAGAGGCAAGUGCUGCUGUCCGUUGCCCAGGCCACCCUCCACCUCCAGUUUGGAGCCCUGCCCCCCUGGAGCUGGGCCAGACCCAACUACUGACUGGGAGUCCAUGAAGGACUGGUAGGGCAAAGGUCUUGUGGACAGAGGUGCUGGGGUCAGAGAUCCCCUGAGACUCUGGCCAUGAAGUCUCGGCAGAAAGGAAAGAAGAAGGGCAGCUCCAAGGAACGGGUGUUUGGGUGUGACUUACGAGAGCAUUUGCUGCAAUCGGGCGAGGAAGUGCCCCAAGUACUAAGGAGCUGUGCGGAGUUUGUGCAAGAGUAUGGUGUGGUGGAUGGGAUCUACCGCCUCUCGGGGGUCUCCUCUAACAUCCAGAAGCUCCGGCAGGAGUUUGAGGCAGAGCGGAAGCCAGACCUUCGGCGGGACGUUUACCUCCAGGACAUUCACUGCGUCUCCUCCUUGUGCAAGGCCUAUUUCCGAGAACUUCCAGAUCCCCUCCUCACUUACCGGCUCUAUGACAAAUUCGCUGAGGCAGUGGCAGUGCAGCUGGAGCCUGAACGCUUGGUCAAGAUCCUAGAUGUGCUUCAGGAGCUCCCUGUCCAGAACUACAGGACGCUGGAGUUCCUCAUGCGGCACUUGGUCCACAUGGCCUCAUUUAGUGCCCAAACCAACAUGCAUGCCCGCAAUUUGGCCAUUGUGUGGGCCCCCAACCUGCUGAGGUCUAAGGACAUAGAGGCCUCGGGCUUCAAUGGGACAGCAGCGUUCAUGGAGGUGCGUGUGCAGUCCAUCGUUGUGGAGUUCAUCCUCACCCAUGUGGAUCAGCUCUUUGGGGGUGAUUCCCUCUCUGCUGGUGCAGAUUUGGAGAGUGGAUGGAAAGUACUUCCAGGGGCCCGAGCACCAGGCAGCUCUGAGGACCUCAUGCCCAGGUCCCUUCCCUACCACCUGCCCAGCAUCUUACAGGCUGGGGAUGGACCCCCACAGAUGCGACCCUACCACACUAUCAUUGAGCUUGCAGAACACAAGAGAAAGGGGUCUUUGAAGGUCAGGAAAUGGCGAUCUAUCUUCAAUUUGGGUCGCUCUGGACAUGAGACGAAACGGAAACUUCCACUGAGGGUUGAGGACAGGGAAGAAAAAUCCAAUAAGGGAACACUGAGGCCUGCGAAGAGUAUGGAUUCACUGAGUGCUGCAGCUGGGGCCAGUGACGAGCCAGAGGGGCUGGUGGGGUCCAGCAGUCAGCCAAGCUCACUGAUGCCUGAGAGCUUGGAGAAUAAUUCUAUGGAUGCAGCAGAAGGUGAACAGGAGUUUGAGGCAGAGACACUGGGCAGUACGAAUUCUGAGCCAGGAACUCCACGAACUGGGCGGGCAGCUCUUCGGGCUUCGGGGAGCAGCCGUGCAGAGCGCUGUGCCGGUGUCCACAUCUCAGACCCCUACAACGUCAACCUCCCCCUACACAUAACCUCUAUCCUCAGUGUACCUCCAAACAUCAUCUCGAAUGUCUCCUUGGUCAGGCUCACCCGUGGCCUGGAGUGCCCGGCCCUACAGCCGCGGCCAAGCCCUGCCUCAGGUCCUGGCCCAGGCCCAGGUCUUGGCCCUGGCCCCCCAGAUGAGAAGUCGGAGGCAACAUCAGUCCCAGGUCCCCUGGUUGACUUAAGCCCAGCAGACAUGGCUCCUGCCCUGGAUGAUUCCUUGUCCCAGGAGGUGCAGGAUUCCUUCUCCUUCCUAGAGGACUUGAGCAGCUCAGAGCCUGAGUGGGUGGGGGUGGAGGAUAUGGAGGUGGCCAAGGCAGGAGUCGCAGGAACAGCAGGAGCAGCAGCUUUCUCCCUCGGGGAGGACGACCCUGGGAUGGGCUACCUGGAGGAGCUCCUGGGAGUUGGGCCUCAGGUGGAAGAGUUCUCCGUGGAGCCACCCUUGGAUGAUCUGUCUCUGGAUGAUGCACAGUAUGUCCUGGCUCCUAACUGCUGUUCCCUUGAUUCUGCCGGCCCCACACCUGAAGUGGAAGACGAGAGUGGGGAAGAAGUCUUCCUGAGUGCCUAUGAUGAUCUGAGUCCCCUUCAGAGGCCUAGACCCAUGAACUGGGAAGAUGUAGGGAGUCUGGAGGAAGAGGCUGCAAUGUGUGGGAAACCUCCUGCACAGGCUGAUGGAGAGCAGGCAUGCUGGGAAACUAAACAGGACAAGGAGGCUGAGCCUAGAAGCACAUCAGAUAACAGGGAUGAAGCAGAGGCAACACCAGAGACUGAAAUUGAGGCUGAAAAGGCUGAUGGAGGAGGAGGGGAGGCUGAAACCAGCCAAAAGGUGAUGGGUAGCUUUGAAGAAGACAGUAGUAAAAAGAUAGAGGCCAAGGAAGAAAAUUCCAAAGGUCAAGAGGUUGGAAGUAUAGAGCAGACUAAGGAUGUGGAGGGAAUAAGAGGAGAACAGGGCAAAGAGGAGAAGGAAAAAGACACCGGGAGAAAAGAAGGAGCUGGAAAGGGGGAGGAUAUCCCAGUAGAAUCCAGAAUAGACCCAGAGCAUGUGAUCCAGGAAUACCUGGUUCCUGGGGAGAACUGGGAAGUUGUAUACAAACAAGAGGCCGAGAAAUGCGGGAAGGAUGAGAUCAAGGGACUGAGAGGGAACAGUGACCAAAAGUCAAGAGAAGACCAAGGACAUGGUGAAGAUAGAAGUCAAGAAGAUGAUGAUGGGAAGGAAGGGGAGGUCAGCAAGGAACAAAAACGUAUAGAUGUAGAAACUGAAGGCAAAAGAGCUGUCGGUGACCACUCAGAAGAGGGGUCCCUCCCUGAAGGGCCAGGGGUCGAGUUCCUGGAGGUUGACGGUGCAGAAGAAGUCAACGAACAGACUUGUGAGAUGGAACAAACCAUGCCACAGCCAUCUGAGCCAGAGAUGGAGGCUGAGGGACAGCUCAGUUCUGAGGCAUGUGACCUGUAUUCUUGUCCCUGUGGUUCAGCUGGUGGUGUGGGCAUGCGCCUAGCUUCCACCCUAGUUCAGGUCCGACAGGUCCGCUCUGUUCCCGUAGUGCCCCCCAAACCACAGUUUGCCAAAGUGCCCAGUGCAAUGUGUAGCAAGAUCCACGUAGCACCCGCAAGCCCAUGUCCGAGGCCUGGCAGGCUUGAUGGGACUCCUGGAGAAAGGGCUUGGGGUUCUCGUGCUUCUUGGAGGAAUGGGGGUAGUCUUUCCUUUGAUGCUGCUGUGGCCCUGGCCCGGGAACGCCAGAGGACUGAGACUGGAGGAGUCCGGCGGACCCAAACCUGUACUGGAGGUGGGGAUUAUAGCCUCCACUCCAGAACCUCUCCUUGUACCAUGAUUCCUGCCCAUUCUUCCCGGCCCCUGAGCUGUCUGGAACUCCCCCCAGAAGGCACAGAAGGGUCUGAGCCCAGAAGUCGGUUUAGUCUGCCCCCGAGAGAGCUUCAUCCCCCUGCCCCUCCUGUGGCCCCUCAGCGUCAAACAUAUGCUUUUGAAACACAGACUAACUGUGGGAAGGAUGAAGGGCUGUGAUUAGGUGUGGACAAAAGGGCCUAAGAAUCAACCUGUCGUGCUGUCUUUGCCUCCUCAAGAGCCCAAUUCCAUAGUGUGGGUCCUCCAGCCAUUUGCGACCAUGGGAGACACUCGCUGCCUUGGUGGUUUUACUUGAGUUUGUGUUAUCACGCAAAAGCACUUAUAUCUAAGUAGAGUCUUAAAAAAUAGAGAAAGGUCUUGUUCCCAUGAAGUUGUGAUUAAACACAGAGGGGGAAUUCCAGCCAAACUCCUGCCCUCUUCUGAGGCUGUGAACUUCUCUUCAGAGAAACCCAGGGUAGAUGGGGGAAACACACAGGACCGUUAUAGAAUCGCUCACCCCUUUUUUGUUUCCAGAUCUUUGGCUAUCUCCUGACCCUCUUAGUUCCAGAUUAGGAGAAACGUUUCCAAGCCCUCAGUGUUUGCUGAAGGAAAUGGAUAACUCCCUCUACCUUCAAUUAUUUUGCCGAAGAGGUCCUGUACAGAUCUCUCUGGUCUUUCUUUUUCCCGUUAGAAUAACCUCCUCUUAUUUUCGGGAAAAUGGAAUGCCUGCACCCUGGCCCUGUUUCUCUGUACAGGCUGGGGCUUCAGGCUCCAUUUAGCAAUGGUGACUGUUUGGUAAUAAA